AUGAAGAUACUGUUAAUAGUAUUAUUUUUAAGUUUUGUAUUUGCAAGUAUUCCAAUUAAUGCAACAAAUACAAUUCAAAAUGAACUUGAUGAAAUGAGUUCUUUGUAUAGAAAGAAAGUUCAAAAUGUACAAGAAAGAAUUGAAAAACAAGAAGCAAAAUUAACAAAAAUCAAAAAACAAAUAAAGAAAGUAUUAGAAGCAUUAGAUAUUAGUGAAGCAAAAAGAAAGUCAAAUGAAAAAACAUUUUCACAAUUAGUUUUUAGAAAAAACAAAUCAGGGAAUAAUAAAGAAACAUUAAAAUAUUUAAAUAUUCGUUUAAAACAAACAAGAAAAACAAUUGCCUUAAGUAAACUUCAAGAAAAGAAAUUAAAAAUAAAAGAAAGAUUACUAAAAUUAAAAAAAAGAAAUACAAUAGAAUAUAUUGAUUAUCUUCAAAAAAGAAUUACUGCAGUUAGUAAAAAAUAUAGUACUCUUGUAGAUAAUUUAAAUACUAAAAAAAAUAAUUAUAUUACUCUUUGGGAUAAAUAUCAAAAACAAAUUAAUGAACAAAAAGAAAUGAAUGAUACCAUCAAUCAACUAACUCAAAAUAUUCAAAAAAAUACUAAUUCAAAAGAAGUUAAUGAACAAGUUAAAUUAAUUCAAGAAGUUAAAAAUGCUUAUAAACAAAGUGAAAAUAAAAAAUUGUUUUUAAUUGAAAAACUUCAUGACUUUAUUCCUAUUGAAAAUAAAGAAAUAGAAACUACUAGAAAUACUAUUCAUUCUUUACUUAAAAAAUAUAAAAGUAAACUUUUAAAAAAACAAAAUGAAUUUAAAAAAGAAAAAAAAGUAUUAAAACAAUUAAAAACUGAAUUGAAAAAUGAAAAAAAGGAAACAGUUAUUGAUGAAGAAAGAAUUAAUGAUUUAGUUAAAGAAAUUGAUAAAAGACAAAGAAGAGUAUUAAAAAUCCAUAAAAAAAUUAUGGAUAUAAAAAAAAUUAUAAGUGAAAAACAAACAGAAUUAAAAGAUAAAAUGAUUACUUUUCAAAAAGAAAAUGAAAUUAAAUUCAAUGAACAACUUAGAAAAAGAAUUGUAUUUUCACAAGAAAAAUGUCAAAGUAUUGCAAGAGAAAUAAGAAGUCUUAGGUCUUCAAUUAAAAAAACUAUUGAUGAUAUUCAAAAAGAAACAUUAAAUAAAACAAUUUCAUUAAAAUUAAUUGAAUAUCAUGAAUGUACUGAUGAAGUUAUUAAAUUCGAAAAAAGGUUAGAUAGAUUUAUUCGUCAAAAACAAAAUAGAAUAAGAAGUGAAAAAGAAAAUUUAUUUAGAGAAAAAUCUUAUUUAAGAAGAAAAUUAAUUGAACUUGAAGGGUUGGCAGAAAAAAGAAAAAUCUCUGGAAGAGGUGUUGUUAGUAAACAAGAAAAAAAAUAUAUCAUUAAAGCCUAUGCUCAAAUUCAUUCAAAAAUUGAUGUUGUUAAACGUGAAUUAGAUUCUGUAAUAUUUGAAAUUAGACAACUUCAACAAGAACAAGUUAAUAAAAUUAGUUCUAUUGUUAAUGAUAUUACUCAAAAAGAACAAAAAAUGGAUUUUGAAAAUAAACAAAUGAGAAAAAAAAUUUUAGAUUUUGGUGAAAUGAUUAAAGAAAAAACAAUCGAAUUAAAAACUUUACAAAAAAAUGCUAAAAAAGUUGCUACUAAAUUAAAAUUAAAGAAAGAACAAAUUGAACAAGCAGAAAAAGAAAGACAAUCUAAAUUAAUUGCUGUUGAUAAAGAAAUUAAAAAUGUUGAACUUCAAUUAAAUUCAUUCACUAAAGUUGAAAGUCAAUUAGACAAACUAAAAUAUCAGUCAUUAGAAGCUCGUUUAAAUACUUUAAGAAAUGAAAAAAAAGGAUUACUUGAUGCUGCACCAAAGAAAUAA